AUGGUUGGAAAGAUCGAGGAAUUUGGCCGUACAAUCCUCGCGCUGCAUUGGAUAAAGGAUGCAAUUAUUGAUAAUGGGAAUACGUUAAAAAUUUAUGGCGAUGCUGAUGAUACUAUUCCCAGCUCGCCAACCAUUAAAUCGAUCUCACCUUCAUCCAUUCAAAAACUUCGUCGCUACGUCAAUAUUAUUGAGAAAUCAAUCGACCGUAUAAAGGAUAUCUUGGAUGAGGCAAUCCCGGGUCUUGCACGCCGUAUAGAAACAUUUAAUCAAGGCAGCUUCAUAAUGGCCGAUUUGGGCGAGCUACACCGUGAGAGCUUUGCAAAGGCCAAGCGCCAGGUCAAAGCUGUUGAUGCUCUUUAUGUAAAGGAUGCGAAUCGCCUCAUAAAACGCCGUCAUGAUGGGGAUUUGCUGAAAAUUCAUAAACAAUAUGUUCUUGAUGAGCGGCAGCCGGAGGAGGAAGAGGUUACAAUAGAGCCUCAAAACUUGGUUAUUAUAUAUAAAAUAUAUGGCGUUGGUGGACUACAAAACAUUUCACAAAUAUUGGUUGUCGAUCUCAUGGGUCACGAUACGUGGAGACAGAAAAUCACCACGAGCCUCAAAGCUCACUAA